AUGGUCCGAACAAAGACACGGGCCCGAACACUAAAGGAGAGAUUUCCUAAUGGCCCACCUCAAAUUCGCCUACCACCGGGAGGCACAUUUACCCCCAACAAUCGCAUUUUUACUGAGCAUAAUGGCAAAGAAGCCUUAAUGUCAUGGGAGAGCACAUCCCGCAAUCCUGUCUUGCUCCCUCUUCCUUGCUGGGAUGAAGAGGGCGCUAGUGGAUGCUCUUACUUUCGAAUUGAGUUCUUCUUCCUUCCUGGUGCUACAGCAGAGGAAUGCCAUACACACUAUGUCGCCGAGAUAAAGGCUCGAGGUACUAUCUGGGAUUCGAUUGUUGAGGUCAAAGCAGCCAUGGAACGCAAAGAACGAGAAAACAAUGCAAGCGCAGGUGGAGCACAAGAAACCCAAGACUUGUCUCCCGAUCAAGACCCUGCUGGGAACGGCCAACUUCCUGGCUUGAUUAUGGGAGAGACCCAUGAUAUGUUUCAAUACCGCAGCUGGUUCUUCAUAUAUGCCGAUGCAAAUCCCAAUUGUAGCGGUCCUGAGGGUCUAACACGUGAGAUGUAUUUUGUCCAAUUCGAUCCUAUUCCUGGGGAAAUGGAAGAGGGCGAUACUUUCAACCCUAUGGACUAUCCCGUCUACUCGAAACGGGUCAAAGCUAGGGGAGAAGAUGGGCUCGAGGGGGGCCUCACUGGCUGA